UGGACCCAGGACGCGCAAGGCCCCAGCGAGCAGGGAACAUGUUGGCGGUGCACUUUGACCAGCCGGGAGGACCCGAGAACCUGUACGUGAAGGAGGUGGCCCGACCCAGCCCAGGAGAGGGUGAAGUCCUCCUGCGGGUGGCGGCUGCCGCCUUGAAUCGAGGGGACUUAAUGCAGAGGCGAGGCCUGUACCCGCCACCCCCAGGAGCCAGCAGCAUUUUGGGACUCGAAGCUUCCGGACAUGUGGCGGAGCUGGGGCCCGGCUGCCGGGGCCCCUGGAAGAUCGGGGACGCAGCCAUGGCUCUGCUGCCCGGUGGGGGCCAGGCGCAGUAUGUCACCGUGCCCGAGGGCCUCCUCAUGCCUGUUCCGCAGGGCCUGAGUCUGCCCCAGGCAGCAGCCAUCCCCGAGGCCUGGCUCACGGCCUUCCAGCUGCUGCACUUGGUGGGAAAUGUUCGGGCAGGAGAGUUCGUGCUAAUCCAUGCAGGAUCAAGUGGUGUGGGCACAGCUGCCAUCCAGCUCACGCGAAUGGCAGGUGCUAUUCCUCUGGUCACAGCUGGCUCCUCAGAGAAGCUUCAGAUGGCCCAAAAGCUCGGGGCAGCUGCCGGGUUCAAUUACAAGGAAGAGGAUUUUUCUGAAGCUGCACUGAAAUUCACCAAAGGAGCUGGAGUCAACCUCAUUCUAGACUGCGUAGGCGGAUCCUACUGGGAGAAAAAUGUCAACUGCCUGGCCCUUGACGGUCGCUGGAUUCUCUAUGGAUUGUUGGGAGGAGUGGACAUCAGUGGGCCUCUGCUUUCCAAGCUGCUUUUUAAACGAGGAAGUCUGAUCACCAGUCUGCUAAGAAAUAGGGACAAAGAGUACAAACAAAUGCUGGUGAAGGCUUUCACAGAACAAGUUCUGCCUCACUUCUCCACCGAGGGACCCCAACGUCUCCAGCCGGUCCUGGACAGAGUCUACCCAAUGGCUGAAAUCCAAGAGGCCCAUGCCUACAUGGAGACCAACCAGAACAUGGGCAAGAUCGUCCUGGAAAUGCCCCAGUGAAGGGGUGCCUGCCACAGGGCAGAUCCACUUCAGGUUUUCCAGAGCAAAACUUGAAAGAGACUUUUCAUCGCAGCCAGGCAAGAAAACUGGCCAGCCUAAGCCAC